GGACAUUUGAGAACUGGGUCUGAGGCUUAGGGCAACAGAGAAAAAGGUGGAAACAGCAACCAACUCCAGCCCUGCAGUUGGAAGAAGCCAUCAAGGAGGAACAGGAGUUGGGAAGGCUUCCCGUAAGCAAGGGGGAUGGUAACUGUGAGGCUUGCUGACAGCCUGGAGGGUCCAUAAGUGAGGGACUCAAGUGAGUCUGACACUAUGCACUAGCUCCUCUCUUAGCUGGGCCCCGCCCCAGCCCACGUCAUAAUGGACUCCUCUGAGGAUGGUGGGGUGAGUGGGGUUGAGACUGGGACCUGGCUGCCAGGCUGGCCUGGGCACAACAGGAAGCAUCAUGACUUAAGUGGCUCUACCCAAAGAGGUCCUGGGCAUCUCCAGGGCUGCUCCUGCAGCUGGCCUGGCCCUGUCCACAGGUGCACCAACCGUGAUGCAGCAGCCACGAGUGGAGGCGGAUAUCAUCGGGGCUGGCGAGGGGCCCCAGCGGGCAGUGCCCUGGUCAGCCUGGGUCACCCGUCAGGAGUGGGUGCGCUGGUGGACAUGCCACAUGCCCCGGAGCUGGUCCCAGUGGUGGAAUACAUCAGGCUGGCGGCAACCACUACAGCGUAUGCUAUGGGGUCUGGAGGGGACCCUCUACCUGCUGCUGGCACUGAUGCUGUGCCAUGCACUCUUCACCACUGGCUCCCACCUGCUAAGCUCCCUGUGGCCUGUGGUGGCUGCGAUGUGGAGUCACCUGCUGCCAGCUAUCCUGCUACUGGUACUCAGUGCCCUGCCUGCUCUGCUCUUCGCUGCCUCCUUCCUGCUGCUCUUCUCCACAUUGCUGAGCCUCGUGGGCCUCCUUACCUCCAUGACUCACCCAGCCUAUGCUCAGGACUUGGACCAAUAGAAGGGCAACCCCA